AAGGAACUGGUUUCCUUGCGUUUCAUCCAAGCUUUCCCUGUGAGCCCACAUGCUUGCUGUCUUGCGUUUUCCUCAACUAGACUUCCAACCUCUCUUACUUCUCCAAACACUUGGUGGUAAAACGCAACCCCUGCGAUUUAGACCUCUCAACUGUUUUUAGCCUGAACGAUUUCAACGAACCAUGAUUGUCACACGAUUUUAACCAGGGCCAUAUACCGUACAGUGAAAUCCAUAAAGGAUCCAACACAAUGUCACGAUCUACUUGGGUGCUUGGGUUUUCGUUCUAUCUUCUUCCCUUGUUUUUCCUAAUUUUAGGUUAUAUGUCAUUUUAGUAUUCGAAUUUUUAAUUUUUAAUUAAUUUUUAUUUUCAUUUUUAUCCUGCAACUAAUAAAAGUAUAUUUUUUAAUCUUUUAAUCAGUUAAUUAAUUAAAUUUAUUUAUUUUUUAACUAAAUUAAGUUUAUUCAUAUAUUAUCUAAGUUUAUAAACAAAAAAAAAGAAUAAAUUUAAUAAAUAAAUUAAUUAAAUAACUUAAAAUAAAUUUUUUUUUAUAAUUUACUAAUUUAAUGAUAAAAAAUACAAAAAAUAAUUUAACAAUUAAAAAUAUUUGAAAUUUAAAAUUCAAAAACUAAAAAUGAUAUUUAACAUUUAUUUUAUUUUUGUCAAAAUUACUAAAUUCAAUCUUUCAAGUUUCAUUGAAAUAUCUAUGUCUUUCCUUUCCAUUUCUCCUUUGGUCCCCCCCACCCCCAUCCAAAUUCUCAUCCUUUCGGGGGAACUAACGGGCCCGCACUCUCUAUCCCCUUCUUUUCCUUUCAAAAUUGCAUUGUCAAUUACAGUAGCAUAAUAUAUUAGCAUCUCCUUUAUUACGUCUUUUACGGUUCUGGCCCCCUGUUAGUAUAUAUAUAUAUUUAUUUAUUUAUUUAUUUUUAAAAUUCAUACUUUAUGUAUUUCUCUCUUUUUGCUCUUUAAAAUUUCGAAUCAUAAAUAUUUUUUUAAAAU